AAGAAAAGCGGUUUUCUUGCAAGUAAAAAUUAUUCUUAUAUUUAGUACAUAUCUACCCACAGGUAGCCAAUAUCAGCGUAUAUAUUUUGAAGACACGAGUUUUAGUCAGGUUAGUCAGUUUCGGAUAACAUUAGCUAAUUGUUUUCCAUCGGUGUAUCUUGUUCGAAAAACAGAUUUUCUGACCUGAUAGUGAAUCAUGGGGAAAAGCUGUAAAGUGGUUGUGUGUGGCCAGGCUGCAGUUGGUAAAACGGCUGUGUUGGAACAACUACUGUAUGCCAAUCAUGUUGCAGGUUCAGAGCCCAUGGAGACCCUGGAGGAUAUCUACAUUGGCUCCAUAGAAACUGACCGCGGCACACGAGAGCAGGUGCGCUUCUAUGACACCCGCGGACUCCGGGAUGGGAUGGAGUUUCCUCGACAUUACUACACUUUUGCAGAUGGCUUUGUACUUGUCUACAGCAUUGACAGUAAAGAGUCCUUUAAGCGGAUGGAAGCCCUCAAGAAGGACAUCGACCGUCACAGAGACAAGAAAGAGGUGACCAUUGUUGUGCUGGGUAACAAGCUGGACAAGCAGGAUGAGAAGAGAGUUGACUCUAACAUGGCCCAGAACUGGGCAAAGAAUGAGAAGGUGCGUCUGUGGGAGGUGUCGGUGGUGGACCGGCGCACACUGAUUGAACCCUUUGUCUACCUGGCUAGCAAAAUGACUCAGCCACAGAGCAAGUCCACUUUUCCUCUCAGUCGCAAUAAGAAUAAGGGCAGCGGUUCUACAGACAGCUGAAUGACCAGACACUGUUGUCAUGUUCAAGAGGGAGGAAACGGGGAGAAGAGGUGUGUUAAAGGGAACUUAGUUUUGCUACAAAAAAAAGAAAUAAAAAAAAAUUGAUAUUAUGAAGGAUUGAGUUUGUAAGAGUUGGUUUGGAGAAUGUGGAGAAGGGUUGAUGAGAGAAAAGGCAGGAUGAUUGUAUGGAUAUUUAUAAACAGUGAGUGCUGUUGGUAUUGGUAUAGCAUCCAUAUUUGAUGUUUUGGUUAAAUACUUAUUACUUUUAUUAUAACUGAGUGAAAAUGCUGAUCUUUUGCCACAUCAGCUAAUAAAAUAUUAGGUAUUUUUGUUUUUGUUUGUCAUUCCCAUUUUAUUAGGUUGGAUUCUGGUCAAACUAUUUAUCCAUAUUCUUUACAAUUACCACUGUUGACAUUAGCAGUCAUGUUUGGACCUACAUAAUAUAGUUCUUGAACUACUGACAAUCAGCAUUAUGAUCUCAGUUUAUACUUAGACAGUCCAGAGUUUUAAGAUAUCAGACUCAUGGCGCUCACUGUAUAGAUAAAUUAGGACCUAGCACACAUGUACACUGGCUACUAUUUUAUUUACAUGUACACUACAUGUAUACACAGAUUGAAUCAGAAAUUGCAGCAGUUACACAUUACCUAAUUAUUGCAUCACACAAAUGCUGAAUUUCACAUGUUAUACAUGAUAUGCUAGGUGAAGGGAUUUUAUUGAUACAUUAUUGAUGAUGUACAGUAACUGUGCUGUUUGUUGAUCUGGAGAUUUGUUACAUUAUAUAUGCUCUUUGCUGACAUUCAUGUUGUAGAGUGAAUGAUUGACUUUCCUUACCACAUAUUGCCUUCUGUACAGGCUUUAGAGAUUUAAAUAUUAGAUAAAAGAUGUUCAGAUUAAAGACUGUUUCUGCAGGCUCAGGUGCUACUUUUUUCUGGUUGCGACACAUGAAAGACAUAGUAAAAUGUUGAAGCAUAAACAACAUGAUUUAAGAUAUAAUCAGUUACAGUCAUUGCUGAAUUUGAAGCUGGUAUAUUUUUUACUAAGCUGUAAAAUAAAAUCCCAAAGUAUUCAAUACAGACCAUUAAACUGAUUAUUCAGGGUGCAACAAAAUAUGAGUAGCUUUUAAUGUUUGUUUAAUUGAAAAAGGGGAAAUUUGUUGAUAUUGUCUUGAAUUUUCAUGUGUUUGUACCAGAGUCUAUCAACAUUAUGUAUUACAUGCAACUUUUUUGUGAAUAUCAAGCUUUUAUGUAUUAAUAUCCAAAAGUGUGCUCACAGGAUAUUUGUUUGCAUGUUUUGUAAACAGAUUAAAUGAAUUUUUCUGUGCCUAA